UUAUUAGUAGCAGCUGCUGCAGGAGAUUUAGGAACAUUAAUUAGUAUGAUUUAUGAAGUUGAUAUGAGUCCAGAUACUCCACUGGUAGCUGGUAUAACUCCAUUAAUGAUAGCAGCUUCAUGUGGACACAUUGAACUAGUUGAGGCAUUAAUACAAGCUGGAGCUGAUGUUAACAAGAGAAAUGAUCAAGGAGUGAAUGCACUGGAUAUAGUGAGUAAUAAUUAUUAUUAUGAUCGAUCUGAUAUUGAAGAGUUACUAAUUACCAUUACUCCAGCUGGUGAACCAGAUUCAGCAUUAAACAAUGAUGAGAUAACUAAUAGAAAACACAGCACUGUUGCUGCAAUCAAGUCAAUAUUUGGCAUGUUUAGUUCAUUUAUGAAGAAAGCUUAUGAUCCAUACUAUAGCAAGCAAAAAGAAAUACAGAUGCCUCAUAGAGUAACUGAUACACUUUAUUCAGCAAUGACAAGUGAUGAUUUGUCACAGCUUGUGUCUUAA